AUGAGCCGAUCUGUGGUUCUCGGGCUUACGCUUGUCGCGGUAAGUUUUAAAUUUCAAAAAGAUGUUAUCAUCAUGAAAUUGCAAAAAAAUUCGAUUAUAAUAAAAGGUUUUUAUUCGAUUGUUUUACUUUUUAUUAUGCAUAAAAAAAUGGUGAAAUAAAUCGCGCACCAGCGGUUUUUUUCUUUUUACUCAACAGAAAACUUGUUCAAAAAAAUACGGGUUUUUUUCAAAUUAUGAAAAUGUUCCUUCUCCACUUUGUAAGAUCCAGAAAACCUUGCUUAUUUUGGGAAAAAUAAUUUCGAAAAUCUUUCGAAUUUUCAGCGAGAACUGAAAACAAUAGGAAAAGAUUGAUUUUAACUUUUCAAAAAAUUAUAUUCGUUCAAAAUCAGGAGGAGUGAAGUUUCGCAGGUUUUUCUUGAUCAAAAGUUCAGUUUUUAUCUUUUUGCUCGGUUUUUCCACUCAAGGAUAUAUAUUUUCAGUUGGUCUCGGCGCAUUUUAACAGUUCGGAAUGCGGCUUCAAGAAGCAAUGUAUAUUUGUACCGCACGGGUGUCAGGUACAGAAAAAAACAGAGUGCUUCUAACUUUCAGUUUAUUUUAGGAUACAAACAACUGCCGACAGAUGUUCUCUUACGCGCCGCGCGAAAACGGCUGGACCGAAAUGGAAAUGCACAGGUUUGCAUGAAACUGUCAUUUCAUGUUUUGAUCGAAAAAAAAAAUGAAUGAUUUGGUGAAAUUUUCUCCCCAAGUGAGCAUAAUUUGCUUUUUUUUGCUUGCCGGAAAGGCAUACAGAAUGUCUGAAAAACAGUAUAUAUCAAAAAAAUUGUUUUAGAAUUUUCUAGCAUUUUUAUGAAUUGUUCGUCUUUUUGAGAACGUUUAUUUUUCAUUGAAAUUGCGCCUUAUAAUCACUUCUGAAACCAGUUCUGUCUGAAUACCAUUUUAGAAGUUCUAAAAUCAUUCUUCUUUUUACAAGUGUCUUUUAGCACCUUGGACUCGCCGAACAACAAUUAUUUGGCUAUCGGUUUCUCGUCGGACGAUUUGAUGGUCAGUUUUGAUGGGGAAGUAUUUUUGCCAAAAAUAAUCAAAAAAUGAAGUUUUAAUGCACGUUUCUGCUCUAAAGGUUUCUCAAAUACUACUUGGAGAAGACACUAAAGUGGCCACUAAAACCACUCCAAUAGAAGCUAAAAUUUUGCGCCUUAUUGGCUUCUAUAGCCGUUUUUAGUGAUAUGUAGUAUCAGUUAGACUUCUAAAGAGGCCUCUAAAGUUCAGACACUAAUUCGACCACUAUAGAGGCCACUAAAACGGCCACUAAAAAUUUCCCAGUAUUUCAUUCGCCUUAACUUGAAAAAUUCUGUUUUGUCCGUGUUCUCGUUAUUUUUCUUUCUUAUUAUUUCUCCGUUUUCAUUUCUCCAUUACUGUGGGAAUGAGAUGAGAGGGCACAGACACGUCAGUAAGCCCAUUUUAUAGUGGGAGAGAUUAGAUUCUUUGGACUUCCCGCCUCUACUCUUGCUACAGUAUCUGCCGUGUCUUUGCUUCACGUAGGACGAUGAUCCUACAAUAACGCUGCAUUUUUGACUAUUUUACAAACUGUUGGAUCAGAAAAAAUCGGAAAUGGUAGCGCUAUUUAAGGAUGAUUUCAUCGCCCGAUUAUGAAUCGCCACGAAAAGGUACUGUAGCUCCAGAGACGGUUAUGGCAGCUAGGCAUUUUAUGCUUUUAGUCCAAACUUGAACUGAAACAAUAUCGGAACUCGUUGAGCCAUUCUACAUCCGAAAAGACUUUUUCGAAUCUUCUUGAAUGAGUUAUACAAAAUAUAAUUGAUCGAUUGAAAAAAAUUAUGGUAACUUUGACAGAAGGAAGCCUUUUUUCCAGGGCGACGAUCCCGUGACUCAUUGCGCUUUUCCUGACGGCGCGGCUCCAGAAGCCCAUGUCACUUACAAUUUCGGGAAGAGCAACGCCGCUCCAACAGAAACCGAAGAUUUGGUGCGAUUUCAGUCUUGAUCUGAUUCAAUUCGCCUUUUCAGGACCUCGAAAAGGUGGAUCUGGAGUUGGUGCACGCCCACAAAGACGAGAAGGGAAUGUACUGCCAGAUUAGGCAGAAGAGCGGCGAUGUUGGUUGAAGUUUCUGUUAUUAAAUUUAUUUUUGUCAACGUUGAAACAAUGUUGAAUGACCUUUUCCUUAGAAGCUUACGAAAAAUAUUUUUCCAUUAACCUUGGUAUGAUCCUUUUUUUGGCUCGAAAAGUAGGUCCUUCUAAAGAAAGCGGUAGCGAUGCGUUUUUGGCGGCAGUUCAGAUAUUCCUACUUUUCGGAUCACAAAUGAUUAAUUUACAUCAAACACUUUUCAAAAAACGCUGUUUACACGUGUUAGUAAUUUCCUCAAAAAGUAAUGUGCUUCCCAUAAAUUUGCGAUUAUUUUUUGAAUUGGCGCCAAAAAAAAAAACGUAAAUACCACACUUUGCCGUUUCAAGUCGAGAAAAGUCGAUUUUAACUUUGAACACUGUAUAGAAAAUUUAAUUUCAUUUUUUUAACUGCCCCUUUGAAAAAAAUUCUUUAGAUUAUAUUCUUCUAAACGCGCAUAAUUAGAACUUUCCAGGGAAAGCACUCAUAUUUCCCCGAUCUGAACAAAGAACAUCAGCUUUUCGUGGUUCGAGGAAAGACUCGUCAGGCGAGAUGUGAGUAGAAAUCAUCAACUGAAGGUUCAGGCAAAUCUUUCAGCUCUUGGAAUCCACUCGCUGGACCCUUCAUCUCCCGAUUUUCCAUUCAUUUCGGACCGAAAAGUCGCCGUAGGCAAGCCUCUGCCAGAAAUCGCAGGUAAAUAAUUAUUUCAAAAAGUUCACUUUUUUGGAAAGUAUGCUGCAAAUGUUAGAAAAAUUCACAAAGUGGCUCAUGAAAAAAAUGGGGAAAAAAAGUCGGGUCUGGCUCACGUUUUAAUUCUAGUAGCUUUUUGCGCUUUUUCCUCUUAAAAAAAGUUUUUUUGAACUUUGAAGUUGAAAUUCAUCAUUUUUCCCGGGGAGGUUAAUUUAAAAUAAAAAUUUUUUUUGAGCCAUUUUUUUCUUUAAUUCUUCAUUUUAAAAAAAGUAGGGAAGUUCACCGAAAAAGGUUGAUCGUUUUGCUCAUUUUUUACCACUUUCAAAAAUAAAUUCCUAUGGAAAAAGGGUCAAUCUUCCAAUAAUCCGUGUUGAAGCCACAACGACGGUCGCCUCUGCGACGGAGCAGACUUUCCUCUCAAAAAGCGCACGAUUCUGGCUGAUCAAAAUCCACGGAGUUCUGAUGAUCAUCGCCUGGAUGGUUUGCGUGGCGCUGGCCAUCCUCAGUGCUCGUUAUCUCCGAGAUCAUUUCCCGUCGUCGAGCCCCGGAGGCCUCAAAUGGUGGUUCCACGUACGCACUCUCCCAUGUAUUCUUGUUCCCCACCUCUGGAGCUUCAGAUCCAUCGGACGCUCAAUGCACUGGCCGUUCCUCUUGUCAUUCUCGCCACUUUGCUCGUUUUCAUCGCCAAAGAUUGGUCCUGGACAGGUCCAGUCGCGUCAAUGAACUCGGAGUACAACACCAAUCCCGGCGCUAUACAUUCCUUGGUUAGUGAUCUUCCUGGAUUAAAAAAAAUAGGAGAGAAGGUCCAAAAUUUGAGAAAAAGUGAGGAAUUGUCCUCUUUUUAGAUUUAAAAAAGCCAGCGAAUUUUUGAAUUUUUUCUAAAAAAGGAAAGCGUUUCUGGAUUCAUGUGGAACUUUUGAUAAAACCUGACUAGAUUAUUUCACACGUUCUUUUUUCAAAGAAAAAAAGUUAAAACGCUUUUUAGGAACUAUAAUUUGUUUAGUUUGCAGAGUUUGGAAGUCUAGUGUAAUUACACGUAAAUUUCCCCCAAUUUUCAUCAAAAUUUCAAAUUGGACCGUAAAUCUUUAAGCUAACUGUUAGCAAAUAAGAACUUGUCGUCUUAUUAUCCAGAAAUGAUAAAUUGGUCAAAAUCUAAACAUUUGGUUCAAGUUGGGUUCGAUUGCGGUGCUGAUUGCCCUGGUGCAGCCAAUCAUGUCGCUCAUGCGAUGUGCUCCGGACACUGGCGCCCGGCCAAUCUUCAACUGGAGCCAUCGCGUUCUCGGAUUCAUCGGCCUCACCUUGGCCUGUUUGUCCAGAACUGUCUUCUCCUGGGUUCAACGCGUACAUUUCAGUGAUAUCCAUCUUCAUCGCCGCCAACUCUUUCGUCUCUCUGUGGUCAGAUCCCAGCUGGGGCCUCGCCGUCGUCAUUUUCUACAUUGUCAUUCUCGUUAUUGCGUUUGUUCUUUUUGAGGUAAUACAUAUAACAAGCGAUAUGCAAAUAUACACACUUCUUUUUUUUCCUUGAGCUGAUUAAACUUUGCUGAGACGCUUGUAGAACUUGCAAAUUCAUGGAAAAAGAUGAAAAAUUCACGUUUUUCUUUUUAGUGGAGUUAAAUCGCUUCGGACGCGUCGAAAACUCCAAAAAACAACUAAAAUGAUCAUCAAAGUCAUCUUCUAGAAAACAUUUUUUUUUCAAAUUCAUUAUCAAGGAAUAUCGAAAUAAAAGUUCUUGAAGGUUCUGACGCAUCUGAAGACGAAGGAUACGUCGAAAGUGGCAUCGACCUAUGAAAUGCGACAUCGCGGAGCUCGUUACGACGACAAUGGACGGGUCAUCACCGCAACCAAAAUAAUCAACAGCAAGGUUUUUCUUUAUCGCAUUAUCAUAAGAAUUGAAUGUCUUCAGCCACUACAUGGUAUCACGUUCCUUUACAUAAUUAUGGCGCUGUUCGCCGUGGCCGUCGCCGCACUUCUUAUCGUUCUGAUCGUCGUCUGA